AUUUAUAAGAAAUAUAGGUUAAAUUGUUAUUUUCAUAGAUUUUUCUCCAAAUAUACAUUUUCCUUUCGUUUAUUUGUGUUAUUUUCAUUGGUAAAAUGGACAAAAUAAAAACUCAAACAUUUAUUCUAAGCUUGAACGAUUUCGGACAGAAAAUUUGUACCUCACAAACGGAUCCUAAUAAAAAAUACGUUUUGGACGACGACGGCAAUAUGAGAGAAUACGACCCUCCUACGUCCAUAUCGGCAAUGAGCUUGGAAGGAGAUUCGGAGGAAAACAGUGUCAGUAAUGAUUCAGAGAACGACGGAAUUUCUCAUUUAACUGACCCGGAGCACCUUGGUAUUAUACAUUCGUUGGACAGCGUAGCAGAGUUUGAGGAAAACCUUAUGAAUGAAUUAGAUAGUGAUUUUAUGAACAUGGUAGAUCCUUCCUCUCAUUACGUUAUGCAACAUAUGGAUAUCCGGGAACCUCUGUCGAAAUUGAGGAAGCUGAUUGAAAGGAAAUUGAACAUGAACCUUGCAAAUUACGUUUUUGCUUUACAAGAUACACAAAUGCUUGAAGAUCAUAAAAAUCUAGUUGAUCAAUGCGUACAGGGCGAAGGCUUGGUCCAGGUUAAUGCUCAAGUGCAACCGAAUUUUAAGAAAAUCAACAUAAUCGAUGUCUUAAAACCAGCCGAUGACUAUGUCGAUAUGGAGGGAUCAAGUAGUACUGUAGAAGUAGAAGAAGCAAAAGAUUUAGAAGAAACGGAAGCUGCAAAGAACGUUGUACAGUGGCAGGUUGAUUUACAGUAUAAAAGAGAGCAAGACAGAUUAAAAAUACCUUUAAAUCCGGAAGAAUGGUCAGUAUUGCAUGUAAGGCACUGGCUACAGUGGGCAGUAAGACAGUUUAAUCUGUCAAAUAUUAAGUUAAGCGAUUGGAAUAUCAGUGGCAAGGACUUGUACAAGCUAACCAUGGAAGAUUUCCAGAAAAUCGUUCCCAACGAUCCCGGCGAUGUAUUCUGGACACAUUUAGAAUUGCUGCGACAAAUGAAAGUAGUGGCUACUAGACGCCAUGAUAAUAGUGAAGGACCACCAGAUGAUAAAGAAUCAAAGUUUAAACCUAAAAGUGUAAAGAUGAAGAUUAUGCCAAAUUACUCAUCAGCCUUGAACUACUAUUCCACACCUUAUUCCUCAGGAGCGGGAAAUAAAUCUGGCAACAACGGACAGAUACAACUGUGGCAAUUUUUACUUGAACUGUUAACAACAAAAGAGUACAUAUCUGUGAUUCAGUGGACAGGUAAAGAUGGGGAAUUUAAACUGACCCACCCCGAAGUAGUUGCGUAUCUCUGGGGCGAACGCAAGAAUAAACCUACAAUGAAUUACGAAAAAUUAUCGAGAGCUUUGAGAUACUAUUACGACGGCGACAUGAUCUCAAAAGUUCACGGAAAACGAUUUGUAUAUAAGUUUGUGUGCGACUUGAAACAGUUGUUAGGUUAUAGUGCUGUAGAACUAGCAAAUUUAGUGAAGUUUGGUAACCCAAUGGGGUUCCGACGGUUCCGUUGAACUAAUCUAAAGCACAGUGCAACCUCUUUCAAGUCAAAUCAAGUUUUUUUUGUCACUUAAUACUAGACAUAAAUACAUUGAUAAAAAAGGCAAACUUAUAUACAGGGUCGCUUUUAAGU